CUCUUGUCAAUUACUUCGUUCCCAUUCUCCUCUUUAUCAGCAUCCUCUCGGUAUGUGUCGGAUCAUUCGAUAAGGCGAUUCCCUCUUAGGAGUGAGGACUAAAAACUAACGGCCUCGCAGUUGCAGUCGCAGGAUAGGAGAGAAAUGGCUUUCCAUCUCUCUUCACCUUCUAAUCUCUGCCAUGAUUGCCAACCUCUCUGUAACUCUAUUUCUCCCUCGCAUAUUCUUCAACUCACUCCAUCUCUAUUUUCAUGGAGAGCUAGAAACUUCUGCCACUCUCUCAAUCUCACCUUUCUAUCACCAUCUCAAACAAGAAAUUCUCUCUCCUCCCAUAUCAGACCCCUACAAGUUUCUCUGCAUGACUCAGUUGCUCAAGAAUCUCAAGCCAAUCCUUCCACGAUGCAAGAAUCUCCCGCCUCGGACGGAAAAACCAAUUCUUCGUCCAAAAGCUACAUCUGGGUAAACCCCACAAGUCCCAGAGCUUCACAACUUCGGCAGAAAUCCUACGAUGCCAGGUACAAAUAUCUUACAAAAGUUUCCCAGUCUCUCGAUUUAUGCAAUCCAACUGAAGAAGAUGUCUUUCAAGUUUUAAGUGGUCUUGGUGAGAACCCAUUAGAGCAAGAUGCUGUGAUUGUUCUUAAUAACAUGGAGAACCCAGAUAACGCGCUACUUGCUCUCAAGUAUUUUCAGCUGAAAUUGAAGCCUAAGAGAGAGGUAAUUCUUUAUAAUGUGACUCUUAAGGUGUUUAGAAAGUCUAGGAAUUUUAAUAGAGCAGAGGUAUUGUUGGAAGAAAUGCUCAAGAAGGGAAUUAAACCUGAUAACGUGACGUUUUCUACCAUAAUUAGUUGUGCUAGAAUUUGUUCUUUACCUAAUAAAGCUGUGGAGUGGUUUGAGAAGAUGCCACAGUUCGGUUGUAAUCCUGAUGAUGUCACUUAUGCUGCCAUGAUCGACGCCUAUGGCCGAGCUGGUAAUAUAGACAUGGCUUUGAGCUUAUAUGACCGAGCAAGGACUGAGAAAUGGCGCAUCGAUUUGGUCACGUUCUCAACUUUGAUUAGGAUUUAUGGGAUGUCGGGUAACUUUGAUGGGGCCUUGAAUGUGUAUGAAGAAAUGAAGGCUCUCGGGGUGAAGCCUAACUUGGUUAUAUAUAACACAUUGUUGGAUGCUAUGGGGAGAGCGAAGAGGCCAUGGCAGGCUAAAUCACUGUAUAAAGAGAUGACAACCAAAGGAUAUUCACCAAAUUGGACAACCUAUGCUGCUCUAUUGCGGGCCUACGGCAGAGCCCGCUAUGCUGAAGAUGCACUCAAUGUGUACAGAGAGAUGAAGGAGAAGGGGUUAGAAUUGAAUGUGGUUCUCUACAACACUCUCUUGGCUAUGUGUGCUGACUUAGGUUACACAGAUGAAGCAGUUCAGAUCUUUGAGGAUUUGAAGAGGUCUCAAACUUGUGAACCUGACAGUUGGACAUUUUCUUCAUUGAUCACCAUAUAUUCUUGUUGCGGAAAAGUUUCAGAGGCAGAGGGGAUGUUAAAUAAGAUGUUAGAAGCAGGUUUUGAACCUAACAUUUAUGUCUUAACUUCCCUUAUUCAGUGCUAUGGGAAAGCCAAUCGGACAGAUGACGUUGUUAGGACAUUUGAUCGUCUUCUAGAAAUGGGUAUAACCCCAGAUGAUAGGUUCUGUGGUUGCCUUCUAAACGUUAUGACCCAAACACCUAAAGAAGAACUUGGGAAACUAAUUGGGUGCAUUGAGAGGGCUAAUUCUAAGCUUGGUUUUGUGGUGAAGCAGAUGCUGGGGGAGGAAAAUGGUGAAGUCUUAAGAAAGGAUGCUACUGAGCUUUUCAGUAACAUUAGCAUGGAUGUCAGAAAGGCCUACUGCAAUUGCUUGAUUGAUAUCUGUGUCAACCUCAAUCUAUUAGAAAGAGCAUGCGUGCUAUUGGAUCUGGGAAUGAGUCUUGAGAUAUACACAGAUAUUCAGUCAAAAUCCCCAACACAGUGGUCCUUGCAUUUGAAGAGUCUCUCACUUGGGGCAGCUCUGACUGCAUUACAUGUUUGGAUGAGUGACUUGCGCAAAGCACAAGAAAAUGGGGAGGAGCUUCCGCCCUUGCUUGGAAUUAACACAGGCCAUGGAAAGCACAAGUACUCUGACAAAGGUCUGGCAGGUGUUUUUGCUUCACAUUUAAAGGAAUUGAAUGCCCCAUUCCAUGAGGCCCCAGAUAAGGCUGGCUGGUUUUUAACCACCAAGGUUGCAGCAAAGUCAUGGUUGGAGUCAAGGAGUUCUCCUGAUAUAGUUGCUGCUUAGUGGAGCUAUCUAUAAAGAGUGGGUAUUCAUUCACAUGGGGAAGAGCCACCAGCCACGGAGCGGCUAGGGGCCAAAUUCCAUCCCCCACCACCCUCCCUCGACCUCUGGCCCCCGAACAACAUUUCUUGCAAGGGGAAAAUAAUUUGUAAACUUUUCAUGCUGCAUCUUGGGCAACUUUAUUUAUAUUGUGGCCACGAUAUUCUAUGAAUUAUUAAUUGUAAUCGUGUCUAUUAAUAAUACAAGUAACAAUUUUCUAAUUGGCUCCC